AUGCCAAUCAAGACUAAGUUCACUGAGAUGUUCGGUGUAGAGAAGCCCAUCAUGCAGGGCGGAAUGCAUCAUGUUGGUUUUGCCGUUAUGGCCGCAGCCGUCUCCAAUGCUGGUGGACUAGGCACUAUCACUGCGCUCUCGCUGAGGACACCCGAGCUGUUGAGGGAAGAGAUCAGGAAAUGCAAGGCGAUGACUGAGAAGCCCUUUGCUGUUAACAUGACAAUUCUGCCAGCGUUAGUCCCUCCUAACUAUCAAGCAUUCGCCGAUGUGGUGGUGGAAGAGGGCGUGAAGGUUGUCGAGACGGCCGGCAGGAAUCCCGCGGAGUUUAUUGAGGUUUUCAAGAAGCACGAUGUUAAGGUCAUCCAUAAGUGCACCUCUAUAAAGCAUGCCAUGACCGCUGCUAGGGCUGGAGCUGAUAUGAUAUCCAUGGACGGCUUUGAGGCUGGUGGUCAUCCUGGAGAGGACGAUGUUACCAAUUGGACUCUGUAUCCUCUAUCGCUCCGAAAGUUGCCGAUACCGUUCAUAGCAUCGGGAGCAUGCGGCACUGCUGAGCACCUAGUGGCCGCAAUGGCCAUGGGGGCACAGGGCAUGAACAUGGGCACUAGGUUUAUGGCCACUAAGGAGGCUCCGAUUCAGCAAGGGAUUAAAGAUGCCCUUGUGAAUGGUGAUGAGAAAAGUACAACUCUCGUUAUGCGAAGUUUGAGAAACACGGAGAGGGUGUACGCCAACAACACAUCGCGGAAAGUGCAAAACAUAGAGAAGGAGAAGCCGGGUGAUAUCAAGGCUAUUCUCCCUUACAUCAAGGGUGACAACUAUAAGAAGAGUUUUCAUGAGACUGGUGAUUCCACUGAUAGCGUCUGGAGUUGUGGCCAAAUCAUCGGCCUCAUCGACGGAGUGCCUUCGUGCCAAGAGCUGUUGGACACUAUCGUCUCAGAUGCGGAGGCAAUCAUUAGGGACAGACUGAGUGCCCGAGUGAUUCCGUCCUCCAAGUUGUAA